GAAACCCAGCCCCACACGCGUCGACGUCUCAUGUGCCCCUGUGUGCGAGUCAGUCAUAUAGGAAGUGUCGCCGUACUGCUGAAGCAAGACUUCAAUCGCUUUAAAAAGCCAAUGCUUGUUUUUUCUUUUUUGUUUAACUCAAUUGGUCUGAGUUUUUUCCCCCGCCUUAACGCCGAUCAUCUGCUGUUCGUGAACAAGAUUGAGGGGUUUUGAAUAAAAUGAGGGACGCUGCGCUGGCCGGGAGGAUCAGAGCUCUGUCUUUUUCUGUCCUCAUUUCUACUUUGCUGAGGACUGUCAGCGCUAUGGACACUCCAAGACUCCCCCUAUCCUCACUGUCUGUGAGUUGCCGUAAUCUUGAGACUGUACUGUACUGGAACUACAGCCACGCUGUGCGUAGAGCUCUUUUCAGUGUGGAGAUCUGGUCAUACAACGAUGGUGUACGGAGAGCAGUGGAGAAAUGCACAAACGUGACUCGCCAUCAUUGCGACGUCUCCUCGUCCAUCACGGACCUGAGCGACACCUAUGCGCUCUGCGUGAAGGCGGCUGCAGGAUCGGAAGAAUCGAGCAAUUGUUCCGAAACAUUCACCUACAACACUCAAACGAACUUACAGAAACCAUGUUUGUUGGACUUCCCAGCUGUGAACAUUACAGCACAGGCAAAGGAAAUAAUUUUGAGGUUCCCUCAUCCGAAGCAGGUUUUCAAAAGACUGAAACAAACCUUGAAACCGCCGAAUUUGAAACAGUUUAACUAUGAAGUCAUUUACCAGGAUGGAAACAACACGGAAGAGCAUGUCCAUAAAUUUACCUGCAAUCAAAAACAUUGUGAAGCAAAAUUUCCAUUUAUUGAAGAAAAAGGCCAGCAUUGCAUAUCGGUUAAAGGCACAUUGGAUUAUUUAAUUUUCAACUCAGCCCAGAAGAUCUGCACAGAGGAACAGCCAGAGAAGCCAAUUUUCGAUAUAAUUAAGAUAACAGUCAUCGUUAUCAGUCUCACCGUGUCUGUUGUUGUAUUAUUGCUUGUGAUUGGAUGGUUCGUCUUCCAGUGUUUGACAAAGAGACGGGUCUCUUUACCAAAGUCUUUGGUCUCGCGCUUAAAGCCAGGAUUUAGGCCGGCACCAACCUUAGGAAGAGGUGAGGAGCACAUUUCCCAGGUGUGCUCUGUAGGAACGUCACCCUGCUCCACUCCUCUGAUACAAGAAGACAAGACAAACAAAUUGACGGGAGACAGCUUGUUGGAUGACUGUCUCAGGUUUAAAAUUGGCCCGGAAAACUGCGGGGAGCUGAAUGAGACCCUUGUUGUCGCCUUGCCAGAAGGAACUGACCACGGCUUGGGCACGGAGGAGGGUCAGUCGGUCAGUGCAGUUAUGGAUCAGCAGGACAGCGGGGGCUCAGCGGACCUCUUCACCACAGGCUUUAAUUCCUCCGGGUACGACAGGCCUAAAGUCCUCACAGUGGAAAUGGGCCCUGGGGAUACAGCAGAGGGCUACAGCCACACGCAGCUGUGAGACAGCGGAGUUCACCCUGCGGUAUAGAGAUGCUAGUCCGUUCGAAGUGGUUUUGCCUCAUGCAGCGAGUUGCUGUACGGAAGAGUCACCCUUAUGUAACAUUGCUUGCCUGAUACUUACCCACAUGGCUAAACUGCUGGCCUGUCUGGAGCCGGGCUGAUAAAAGCAUGCAGAAUUCUGGCAAGAUGAGAAUUUAUCUUACAAGGGAAUGAUUGAAAGAUAAAAAAAGAAAUUCAGCCUUAGCUGGAAUUGGAUUGGGGUUACCGUCUUCUUGGAAUAUGGAAGUCUCCAUUUAGCAUCCGCUCAGGAGAAUCUUCCCAGAACCUGGAAUUAUUAGGUCCUCAUCAAAGUGCUUCAAAUUCCCACAUGCUUCUACUAUUAAAAAAAAACAAAUGUGUGAGUGGGAUACGAGGACAAUCAGAUCUUUGUUUUUGUUAUGAGUGUGGCGCAGCUCUGAGUCUGUGCCUUCUGUAUGUUAUCAGUUGCACUGCCUUGGUUAAAGGCUCAGCUGGUCACAGCUGUAUGAAGGCCAAAGGGAAGACACAUGACAAACUAGAGCUCAUUUUUCACAUGUUGGGUUUAGAAAGUCCCAGUUAACUACUGAUCAUUGUGAUUUUUAAUCUGAACAUGUCCACUCCCCAGCACUCAUGAUGGGGCAGUGUUAAAGGGCUACGAUUUGGGUACAGGUAUUUUUAGAAAGAGUCACGGACAGGUCCUGAGAAAGGACAAUCAAUACGGAAGAAAUAUACAUUUAAUGUGGUUUUUCCUACAGUACAUCAAUACAAAAGCUUUUAAAUACCAUAUUAAACAAUGUGAUUAAUUUGAUAGAAUAUAACUACUGAUAAGAUUGAUCGUAGAAUUUAAAUUGACCGUGUGCUUACAGUACAGCUAUGACAGUGAUGCGAUGUAUAUGGUGCCUGUACAUGUCUGUGAGCUUUCCAGGUAGCUUUUCGUAGUACGGUUGUCUGGGACGUGCAGUAAGCUCGUAAACGUCUGUCCCAGGAUGCACCUGCUCUACAGUCCAGACAGUAACCAGCUCGUUCUCACCCGUGGCCAGUCCCUGGCCUAUCUGAGUGCCUUCUGUUCGUGCCGAGUUGCCUCAGUCGCAGCCUGCUUUCUCCUCGUAAUCUGUGGGAACUUUCCACGCUGGUCAAAACAUGCCUUCCACCCCUUUGACAACCCUGCAUGGCUCUUGCUUCUCCCCUCCGGCAGCCGUGCUCGGAGCUUGCAUCUUGAUAUGCUUGGCAUGGCCAUCAGUCCCCUCCUGCAUGGGCGCCCACUCAGUCCAGUGCCCGGUUGUCACGCCUGAGCCCGGCUCAGCAGGAGAACGAUCCUCGACUGUUCUGCAGGAGAUUAAAUCCUUUCAUUUCCAAGUGGAAUACUGUUAUUUCAUUUUUCAAGAAUUCACCGACAUCCAUGAAAAUCACAGAAUCUGUGACCUUACGUUCCAAGAUCGCAGUUCUAGAAUGAUGUGAAGAUAAUGCCAUAAUUACCCAGCAUAAGCCUUGAGCAACUGCACGUGGGAUUCCUGUAGUCUGCAUUAAUAUGAAAUCAUUCAUUGCAAUUAAUUGACAAAUGUAUCAGUUGAGCAAAAGAAAAGUUUACUUUUUUUUCCACUUUGUCUUUUGUCAGUGCAAAUAACAGCCUGUUCUGUUCUGGUGAUGGAAACAACUUCUUUUGUAACAUGGCUUCUACGUGUAGGUUCUACAACCUGUAUUGUUAUUUCAAAACGAACCACUUUUAAUGUUAAGUAUAAAUAUAAUAAACAUGCAGAAAGAAUCAAUA